AUGGUCACCACACGAAACGGGAAGCGCACAGCUGCCGAGGCGUCCGCCGCAGCUGCGACCACCAAGAAGCAGAAGCUCCCGGUGCGGGCAAAGGAGGGCAAGACGGCCGCCAGCAAGAAGGAUGAGACCAGCCGAUCGUCAUCAUCAAAAAAGAGGGCCUCCUUUGUCGUGGAGCUAAAAUCGGAAGCCGGCACGGCUGCGGGCGUGCAGGACGUCAAGGAGAAGCAGAUCAUCACAGGCGCCGAGCAGCCGGCUCCCAGGACGGACGCUGAUGAGAUUGGGGAUUCUGAUGCCUCGCCCGAGUCGAUUGGCGACGAGGCGCACGAGGCUGCGGAACAGCUUGCGGCGGAGUCCAAGACGGCGCUCGUUGCGGAGGGAGGCGACGACGACGAUUCCGACUCGGAUGCGGCGCCUGAGGCAGUUUCUACGUCCAAGGCUGCCGUGCAGGCCAAGAAGUCUGCGCAGGCUGCCAACAAGGCCAUUGCAGAACAACAAGCCAACCAGAAGCGCAAGCGCCAAGAGCGCAACGCCAGGCUCCAAGAACAGGCCGCGGCGCGCAAGGCUCAGGAGGACGUGACACCGGCGAAGAAGUCGAGUAACGAGGAGGAGGAGGAGAGCGAGGAAAAGACGGAGACUGCGGCGCGGGAAGCCACCACCACAGGACGCCGGAAGAGGCUGGAUCUCCCUUCGGAGCUCCCGGCCGAGUUCCUCGAGUCCGACUCGGAGGACGACGGCGAGACUGAGGACGGGGCGGGGGAUCGCAAGCCCCGCAAGGCACGGAAGCUCGAGACGGCGGAGGCCCAACUCCUGCGCGAGGCCCGCGCGCCCAGGGACGAGGUCGUCGGCACGACCGUGUUCCGGACCGUCAAGAAGGAGGACGAGAGGCUGGCGCCCAAGGCGCAGAAGUAUUCUGUCAAUGCCAAGAAGGCGUUGCUGGCCCGUGUCUAUGCUCAAACAAUGGCGAUGGCUUCACUCGAGGAAAAGUCACCUCCCGUGGCCGCCACGGACCCAGCCGACACUCACGAUGAAAGCCAGGAUACAUCCCGCGACAGCCCGUGGAUUCGCUUCAUGACAGCGAUCCGUUGGUACUCCAAAGACACGCCCAGCGAAGAAAAAAGACUCGUCCUCCGUCUGGACCUGUUGAUCCUCGUCUUUGGCUGUCUCUGCUUCUUCACAAAGUACCUCGACCAGUCCUCCCUGACCAAUGCCUACGUCAGCGGCAUGAAGGAGGACCUCAACCUCCAAGGAAACGAACUCAACUACACGACCAUCGUCUUCUGGUCCUCGUACUGCACCUCCAUGAUCCCCGCCUGCUACUACCUGACCCGCCACCCCAUCAACAUCGUCCUCCCCGUCCUCGAGAUCGGCUGGGGCCUCUCCACCCUCGGUCUCGCCUGGGCGCGCAACGUGCAGACAGUCUACGCCAUGCGCUUCUUCACCGGCCUCUUCGAGUCCUCCUCCUUCACAGGCAUCAUCUACGUCAUCGGGUCCUGGUACAAGCCAGCCGAGAUCGGCCGCCGCGUCGCCCUCUUCUACGUCGCCGCGCCCCUCGGCACAAUGUUCGCCGGCUACCUCCAGGCCGCCGCCUACACCAACCUCCACGGCGCCCGCGGCCUUGCCGGCUGGCGCUGGCUCUUCGUCGUCGACGCCGUCAUCACCGUCCCCAUCGCCCUCGUCGGCUUCUUCGUCUUCCCGGACGUCCCCGCGCGGUCGAGGCCGAGACUGCUCCCGCCGCGCCUCUACGCCCUCGCGUGCGAUCGCCUCCGGGGCCUGACGGCGCCGCCGCGGCUCAAGGUCUCGCGGGACAUUUUCGCGCGCGUGUUCCGCCGCUGGCAUUGGUACCUCUUCGUCGCGCAGUGGACCAUCAUGAACGAGAACCUGCAGCCCAGCGGGUCCCCGUUUUCCCUCUACCUCAAGGCCUUCCCCGCGACAUACUCCGUGACGCGGAUCAACACCCUGCCCACCGUCGCGACCGCCAUCUCCGUCGUCUCGGCCUUUGCCGCGGGCGCCGUGGCCGAUCGCACGGGCUGGUUCGCUGGGUUAUCUGCCGCUGCCACCGUUCCAUCGCUGGUUGGCGUCAUCCUACUCGUUGCGUGGGACGUCGGCGAGCGCGGUCGUCUGGCGGCGUUCAUGCUCAACGGGUUCGAGGGCGCGAUCCCCUCGCUGACGAUGGCGUGGGCUACAAUUACCAUGGCCGGGGAUGCCGAGGAGCGCGCCAUUGUGACGGCGUCGAUGAAUGCCAUUGGGCAGGCCAUUGUUGCCUGGGCGCAGCUGCUGCAGUUUCCUGCUGUUGAGGCGCCGCACUUUCGGCGUGGGUUUAGGAGUGUUGUGGCGACGAUGAUGGUGCAGUUCUUCAUUACUGGUGCGAUCUGGUUCUUGGUCAGGAGGGAUCGGAGGAAGCAGAAGGAUGCGGUGGAAGACAUCGGGGAGCCGAUUCAGGAGGCCAAGCAAGGGGUCUAG